GUGGACUAUUUAUUUCUGUAGAAAAAUCAUCGCGAAACUAAAAACACUUUGCGGAAGGUUAUUGCACAUUUUAUUAGAAUUUCUUGCAAUUUCCGUAGAUUAAUCAGUUUACUGUUAUAGUUCAUUGACAUCUUAGUGGUAAAAUUAUUAAUCUUCAUUAGAAUAACUUACGUAAGUCGUUUAAUUAGAGUGCAAUAUAAAUAAUUCAGUGCAUUAGUGUAUAGACACCGUUGCAGCUCCGCAUACUUUGAUAACACAAAGAACCUCAGAGAACCGACACAAACCACGAUAGCCUUGACAAACUACCACAAACCCAAAACUUAACGACGAAGGAAAAUAGACUAAAUAAAACAGUCCGUAAGACUCAAAACUGCGUGUGAUAUUAAUUUUAUUGAAAAAAAAAGUAUUUAUUCUGACUGCAUUUAGAAUUUAGAAUUCGCUAUUUAAAUCCACCAAUCGAAUAGAAGUAGCCAUAGACUAAACUAAGCACAGAUAAUUAAUACCAGUGACGUUGAAGUAAAAAGGCUGGAUCAAAGGAGGCUGUAUGCGAUAGGAUCGGACAGUAAAAUGAAAGACAGUAUGAAAUCGUGCCAGCACACGUUGUCGGAGGACGUCGUGUACAAAGAAGUUGUUGUUAUCGGCAAUGGACCGAGCGGUAUGGUGACCUCGUUCAUGCUGGCCGGCAACGUGCCCUACCUCAAGGAGAUACCAGAUGACUUGCCCAUCGAUGAGAUGCUUAGAGCCAGACUAUCAAACCUGCCCCGUGGACAGAGUUUAUAUGAAACAGACCUCUUGGAGCUGGCUGAGGGGCUCGAGGGUAGAAGCCAGAACCCCAUUCCUUUACUGAUGGACAAUCUACUGCGGCCCUGCGCAGACAUGGGCAUACAGGCAGACCCACUCAUUGAAUGGAAAUACGAUGUUGAGAAACAGAUCGAGCACAUAGUGCUGGGGCGCGGGCCGCCGGGCGGCGCGUGGCACACGUUCCCGCCGAGCGUGCGCACGCUGUCGCCGGCGGCGUGGCUGUCGCUGCCGCCGCACGCGCCCGCCGGCGCCGCGCGCCUCUCCGCGCGCGCCGUCGCCAACUACUGCCGCCGAUACGUGCACGCUUGUAAACUACAGAAAUUCUUCCGCAGCGGCGUGACGGUGACCAGCGUGACCCGCAUCCCUCAGUCGGACGCGCCGCGCUGUCACAACACACACUGCCCACUCAACGCACAGUUCUGCGUACAGGGCUACGACAAUUCUUCCUGUCGCCCGUUCCGCUACAUCUGCCGGCGCGUGGUAGUAGCCAGCGGCGGCGGCGCGCGGCCCAACACGCUGGCGCGGCACGUGGCGCAGCACUCGCUGCACGCGCUCGGGGACUUCGAGCGCGCGCUGCACGUGCUCGCCAAUACUGUCCCCCCCCGCGGUCGGCCCACGGCGCUGGUGGUGGGGUCAGGCGUGAGCGCGGCGGACGGCGUGUGGCUGGCGGUCCGCGCCGGCCUGCACGCCGCGCACAUACACCGCGCGCCCGCUGAGGCCCUCGCACGACUCGAACCCAGCGCGUAUCCCGACUACUGCCAGGUGUACAGAAUGAUGUGCGACGGUCCUGCAGGCAACCACGAGAACUACACCCCGUACCCGCACCACACCAUCGUGGACGUCACCCCCCUCGACACACGACACACUGACGACAUCGACGACUGCGCCCUCUGCCUCAAGCGGGUCAAACUACUCGACCUGAACACUAACGAGAUCACAGAGAUACAAGUUUACGUCAUCGGCGUCUUCAUCGGAUCCAAACCCGACCUCUUCUUCUUACAAACCAACUACCUCGACUGCAUCGACAUCAAGAUAGACUGCACCAAAUGUAUCGACGACAAACCCACCAACCGCAAGAUAGAAGAGAAACAAUGCUUCCUCAAGAACCACUGGCAUUACCUCAAGUCCGUGCUGGGGCAGAGCAUCCAGAGUUGCAAGUCAAGAUACUUAAAUUAUUCCGAAAUAAAUGGCAACUCCGACACAAAGUGCGUUAUACCGGACUGCAAUAAGCGAACUGUUGAUAGUAACGACAAAACUAGUGUGAUGAACAAAAACAAAUGUGAAAUCAUUCCAUAUUCAGACGACGACAAGGUGAAAUGUACCUGCGAGGCUGUUAAUCCUUAUUCUUCGGGGUUGGGCUUCGGUUUAGACCCUAAGAAGCCGGUGGAUGGCCGGAGUAACCCCAUAGCUGUGGACAAGUCUUCCCACGAGAUACUGAAUGGGCCGGAGGGCAUGUACGCGCUGGGUCCACUGACUGCGGAUAACUUCGUGCGCUUCAUCCCGGGCGGCGCGCUCGCGCUCGUCACACACAUGCACCAGAACAAACACUGACUUGCCAUUACCAGUGAUGUGAUUGUAACACUUAAUUCGUCUUUUUCUUUACAAUAAAUUAUUUUUUAUACCCAGCA